AUGGGACAAACAGAAACGCAGAGCAUGCCCCACGUCAAGCAUUCCACCUUAAGCCGCCACAGCCCCGCACCGGAUGGGAAGCACCACCGAGACAGAGCCGAUCACCCGACAAAACAAGCUUUCACCACCACAAGCCGUGAACCCGACACUCAGCCGGAGACUUGCCUUUGUUGUUCCAGGUAUCAGGGACUCUCAGGCCCUGCACCUGGUGCCCAGAAGGGAUCGGAUGAGCACAAGCAGAAAACUGCAGCACGUCAAGCAUGUCCCGCUAUAGCCGAUCCUCCACACCAUACCUUUGAUCAAAUGAACUGCUCUCUGCACAUUAACUAA